CAUUAUGGCCUGGCACAUGUCAUGAAGAUGCUGGUCGAUGAAGGGGUUGACUUGCAGGAGGAAAACACGUUGUGUAUAGCAGCGCGCGCAGGGCAGCUUGAUAUAGUAAACAUGUUACUGUCACGAGACGACGUGGAUGUGAACCAAGCUGACAAGGUCACAUAUCUUGAUUUCCAUCGCCAUUAUGGGUCCUUUAAUCCGAUCUCAUACCAACUCGCGAUGUAUGGAAACCCCGAAACUCGGGCUAUUUCCUGCACACCUCUCAUUGCCGCAGCAUCGAAUGGUCACGAAGAAAUCGUCAAAGCACUUCUAGAGUCUAAAGACAUGAAAUCAUUGAACAUGCUACCUCCUUCUGGACCCACAGCACUAUCAGCCGCCGUAUUGGGUAAUCACAUUGAAGUGGUGAAGCUCUUGUUGUCGCAGCCUGGCAUCGAUACCUCCAUCCGAUUUAAAUACCAGACCCCCCUUAUACUUGCUACAAGAAAAGGUCGAGGUGACAUUGUGAAGAUCUUCUUGGAGCGGGAAGAUGAUGAUCCUAAUACUCCAGGGGACAAUGGGUUUACGGCUUUACAUACUGCUGCUCUCUCUGGUCAGUAUGGUGUCGUCGAGAUGCUCUUGAAGUCGGGUCGAAUGGAUGUGAAUAGGACCGAUAGCAAGGGAAGGACCGCUCUUUACCUUGCUGCCUAUUUGGGCAACGCGCACAUUGUCAAACGUUUACUGGAUCACACAGGUAUUGACAUCAUGGUGAAGGACAGCGAUGGC